UCUCGGCCUUAGUGUGUUCUCGGGUCUUACUGUGCGUGGCGGGUCUUGGCUGAAGGGCACGCGGAGAGAGAGAAUCGGCUGUCAUUCGCUCUCUUCCUUCGUUGUGGAAUUACGGAUAUAUCGGUGACGUUUUUCGUGUUGUUUUAGUAGAGGACGAGAAAGCAAAGGAAACAGAUUUCGGUUUUGAAUGCAACUGUCUUGUGUUUGCUGUAGUGAGAAAAAAGGGAAUAGUUAAAAGAAUAAGAAAAAUACGAAAAAAAUGAAAAGGAAUACCAAAUAAGAAGACCUGUAGAAAGAAGAGACAUUAAAGACGUAAGAAUGACGGUGCUAUAACGACGCUGGCCGACGUCGGAGCAGACCUUAUGUAAUACUGUGAGUGGGACGAAAGCAGGUCCACCAAUGUGCGGUUCUCCCUCGAGGCUGUCCACUUCCCAGAGCCAGAGAAAAGGUCUCAGAAAGAAAGCACAGACUACAUGGCGUGACGACAAUUGUGUCAUUACUGAAAGAUGAUGCAACACUUGGCUGCUGUGCUAUAUAUUCUUGGCUCCACUGAGCUCGCACGGUUGUGAAUUAGGUUCGCUUUUCUUUGUGUUUUCUCUCGCUUUGCUUUGUGCAUUUACUCAUUAAUAAUGGAAGCAAAGAAAGGAGGGACAAGUCCAAUCCUUGAUAACAAGCGAAGAGUGACUCGGGGAGAGGGCGAGCACGCGCCGGAGAUAAUGACCCAAGGUAAUCUGACAACACAUGAGGGAACUUUCCAUCCUUCGAUGCAGGACAAGAGAAUUCUCCCUCCGCCCGAGAAAGACGCCUCCUUCGGGGACAGACGGGCCUCAUCUGGGCACCCUGGCGGCGAGGAAGAGCUCGCCCCUCCUGACGGCGGCUGGGGCUGGAUGGUGGCGUUCGGGGCCUUCGUCAUCACGUCUCUCAUCCCUCUGCUGGGACCCUGCUUCGGCAUCCUGUUCUCCAGCUACCUGCUGGAGCUUGGCACGUCGUCCACCACCACAGCAUGGAUCUUCAAUACCCAGUGCUUCACCUGGAACCUCUUCGGCCUCGUGGCACGCCCAUUCACGCAGGAAUUUGGGUGGAGAAGAGUGGCCCUUCUGGGUGCUUUUCUGACUUCGCUGUCGCUCGUGGUCUCCGCCUUCGCGCCCUCGGUUGAGUUCCUGUUUUUCUCGUUUUCUUUGCUGAGUGGCGCCGGAGGCGGGGCGGUCGUGUGCAUCUGCUUCACCAUCGUGCCCCUGUACUUCGAGCGGCGCCGCGGCCAGGCCAACGCGAUCAUGAUGGCGGGCGUGUGCAUGGGCCAGAUCAUCGGGCCGCCCCUCGUCAACUUCCUGCAGGCCGAGUUCGGCUACAAGGGCGCCACCAUCAUCAUGGGCGCGAUCCUGCUCAACGGCUGCGUCGGCGCGUCACUGUUCCACCCGAUCGCCUGGCACCAGAAGAGGGUCACGCGGCCGAGGAUCGCCGGCCUGCAGGAGGGCACGGAGGAGCCCUUGGUCCCCAGGCGGAGGAUGUCCAGCGAAGCCCUGGACACCAACAGCCCGAUGCUGGCUGUCAGGAAGGGCCUGACCAGGGUUCGGAACCACUCCAUCGCGUCCCUCGGAGGUUCCUCCCUCGGCCUGUCCACCAUCGACCUCCCUGGCCUCGCUGCCUUGGCCUCGGCCGCAGAGGGCGACGACGACGACGCCUCCUCGACUUCCUCGCGGGAUUCUGGGACGACCUGCAACAUCCUCAAGAUCUUGCGGCGCGUGUGGUGCUCCACCGUGUCGGACCUGAGGGCGCUGCGCUCCCCGCGGGCGCUCAUCAUCGCCGUCGGAGGAACCCUGUGCAUCAACGGCUACCUCAACUUCGUUAUGAUGGUGCCCUUCGCCAUGCAGGCGGGCGGUUACACGCUGCAGGACUCGGCGUUCUGCAUCUCCAUCUCGGCGGUGUGCAACCUGCUGCUGAGGAUGAUCGUGUCGACGCUCUCCGACUGGCCCAGGUUCAGCGUCCGUGCCUGCUACAUGGCCGGCUUCGGGCUCAUCUCCGCCACCAUGUUCGUGUUCCCUCUGCUGACCGACCUCCGCUGGAUGAUGGCCGUCAUGGGCGCGUGGGGCUGCGGCGUCGGGGCCAACAUGGGCCUCUACAACCUGGUCAUGAUCAAAGUCAUGGGAAUCGACCGGCUGCCGGCUGUGUUCGGCUCCAGUUGCUUCAUGGUGGCCAUCGGCUUCAUCCUCUUCGGGCCGCUCAUCGGCGUAGUGAGAGAUGUCAGCGGCAGUUACUCCAUCAGCAUGUGGGUGCUGGCGACCAUGGUACUGCUGAGCCUGUGCCUGUGGGUGCUGAUGCCGGCGGCGAAGGAGCGGGGCGCGGACGAGGCGGCGCAGGGACUCGCGAAGAAGCCGUGACGUCACUGGAAGAUGGGGACGAAGGGUCGGGAGGUUAAGAGGAAAUGGAGGAGGAGGAGGAGGAGGAGGAAGGAAGGAUAGAGAGAGUACAUAAUUGCAUAUAUAUAUAUAUAUAUAUAUAUAUAUAUAUAUAUAUAUAUAUAUAUAUAUAUAUAUAUAUAUAUAUAUAUACUACAUACACAAGCCUAAUGUCUGCGUACAUGUCACGCAGAGUUUCAACAUGGAGCAAAUAUUUUUUUUUUAAAAAGCUCCGGACAAACCGCGCCCGAAAUCCUGAGGAAGCCGGCGCACUGCAGUUUUUUUUUUCCAAAAUUGUCUUUCGUCAAUACAUUCCUUGCAAAUAAGAAUAGAAAAAGACUUUAUAUGUUUUAUGCUAUUUUAUUUAAGGAAGUUUUAGGAAAUACAUAACCAACCAAUGAAAUGAUAAUA